CGUGUAAAAGCAGUUGAGAUUAUGGUAAUGUUGCUUUUGUGUUGUUUUUUGGUUGUGUAAAGGUUGUUAUUUUUUAACCAUGCUCUAAUUACUUUUUAAUACCAUAUAUAAACAGAUGUCUUCAGAUGGAAUUGGUGGUGAUUCUUGUAAACAGAUUUCAGUUUCUGAAAAUGUUGAGGUUACGGAUCGUCGUCUUGUUUGUUUUGAGAUGGGUGCAACAGGUCUCAAUGUUGAUUCUAACAUUGAACUUGAAGAUGACCCAAUUCCCGUUGAAGAAACUCCUCUUGUUGACAAGAGGAAAUCUAAGAAACCCAUAGCGCUGACGUCUCCGUUUAUGGAGUAUGACUCUUCCAUUUCUAGUUCUAAAGAUGGUUCUGGUUAUGGAGUUGUUAAGUAUGUGGCUGGGUUGUGUCCUCUCGAUGAUAAGAUUGGUGAAGAUGUAGAACAUAAAGACGAGAAUGAUUUUGACUUGUGGCUUGGUGAAGGACGCCGAUCGAAGAAAGAUCCGUAAGUGUUUAUUUUCAGCAUUUUUGUUGUGUUUUUGUAUUUUUUGUUUUUUACUUUACUAUUUAUGUUUCAAUUUUUUUUUUUAAUGUUAGGCAUGACAAAGACAAGGUUUACUUGAAGGGUAAGGAUAAGAUUGUUCCCCCUUUUCGUUUUGGCGUGGAAGAUGUUGCAACCAAGAUGUGGUUCCACAAGCUUGCAUAUCCUGGCCAAUGUUUAACUAAUUCUGUAAGUUAAUUUAUUUUUUCUUUUGAUUUUUUUCAAAAAUUUCAGUCUAUAGUUUUCUUCAUGUUGUUUGUUGGUUGUUUUUUAGUUGUUGAAAUAUAAUUCAUUUUCUGAUUUUCGAACAUUUCUCAUUUUUUAUUGUUUAGCAUCUGGACAUCAUUUUUUACUAUCUACGUAAAAAAGGAAAGUAUGCAAAGGAACCAAAGGUUAAGUUCACAACCACCGAUUGCUUAUUCUUCAAAACCAUUC